GCUCUGCCCUGGGGCAUGGAAAGGCUCAUCCUGUUGAGAAUCCUGGAUGGUCUUCAAGCAGACAGAGAGGCUGAUGGAACUGAAGGAGUAGAUGAAGAUAUGAUCGUGACCCAAAGUCAGACCAACUUCAUCUGCCCCAUUACGCAGAUGGAAAUGAAGAAACCAGUGAAAAAUAAAGUGUGUGGCCACACCUACGAAGAGGAAGCCAUUGUUCGUAUGAUUGAGUCCAAGCAUAGGCGGAAGAAGAAGACCUGCUGCCCCAAAAUUGGCUGUAGCCACACAGAUGUGAGACUGUCUGAUCUCCUCCAGGAUGAGGCACUUAGAAGGGCGAUUGAGAACCACAACAAGAAAAAACACCGCCAGUCAGAGUAGGAAAAGCCACCUGCCUGCAGGGACGUCCGUCCGCAGCCUACCUCCUGCCCCAGCCAUCUGCAGAGAGCAGUGCUUGGCAGAGCGGUUCUACCGGCUGCAGAGCAUACUUUGUUUGGGGUAAACCUUGAAGGUUUUAAGUGUAAUUGAAAGCAAUUUUCUAUGUUAUAGCAAAAUUUCAAACAUAUUAUAUUGUUUAUUUUUCAGCAUUCUCUAAUUUUAAAUAAAACUUUGAUUAUCUGCA